AUGUUGACAUUAGCAAUUGGUGAUCUUUUUGUUCCUGAACGGGCAGUCGAUUUGCCGAGCAAGUUUCGUAAACUAUUAGCUCCUCAACCAAACAAUACACCCAGUAAUAGCAAAAUAAACCAAGUGAUAUGUUUAGGCAACAUUACAAAUUCGUCUACCAUAUUACAAUUCUUAACCAAUAUAUCUCCACAAUUCAACUUGGUUAAAGGCGAGUUUGAUAAUCCUGUGGUUCUAUCUCAACAGUUGUCCCUGUUGAAUAAGAGUAGCAAUAUCCCACUAUACAAUAGAUUUGUUCAUGACAAUUUAAAGAUAGGAUACACCAACGGGUUUCAAGUAAUUCCAAGAGGCGACCCAUUAGCAUUAUCGGCAUUUGCAAGAGAACUAGAUGUGGAUGUGUUGAUUUGGGGAGGUACUCACAAAGUUGAAGCAUACACUUUAGAUGGCAAAUUUUUUAUCAAUCCUGGCAGUGCCACUGGUGCAUUCAACUUUGACUGGCCAGAAAACGACGAGGAGGAACGGGAAGAAGCAGACAAGAGCCAAGAUGAUGAUGAAGCGACAGACAAAGAAAGUCACGACACCGAAGAAGCUGAACCGAAAGUAGAAAAUGAGACCAGCACGUCUGCUCUGGACGAUUUCAAACAAACUUUACACGAAGUGAGCGAGAUAAACUCGAAUAUCCCUUCAUUUUGCUUACUUGACACGCAUGGCUCGACAUGCAUAUUGUAUAUUUACACUCAAAUUGAUGGAGAAGUCAAAGUAGAUAAAGUUACAUACACAAAAGAUUAG